AUGAGUGCUGCUACCACGUCGGGGCCAACUCUCCCCCUUGCAUGCUAUCAUCACGAUUACUCCGUACACUGCUUGGGUAUUUCUGCAUCUGUUGGAUCGAUCCGAAGUGAAUUGCACAGCCCGUCGACUAAGAUUUUGUCGCUCAAGUUUGCUGGAAAUCUCGCAGCCUUGCUACCCCCAUUAUGUAAUCCGGGGGUUUCCCCUCCUCUUGGUUCUCCUCCUCUUCCCGAAUGCUGUCCCAACGGUACCAUGAUCGUCUCACGAGGAGAAUGUGGGAGUUGUGGUGGUGCUCCUGAGAUGUGCCAGUCGGUUGAUGGUGCGACCUGCGCUAAGGAUGUCGUGACUGGUCCAAGUCAUGGCGGAUCUACGAAGAUGACUACUGACGGAGGACAUCUCACCGAAUCUCACGGAGUCAGACCGGAUUGCGGUGAACAACACAUUGCGAUACCUGAUUAUCUGCGUUGCGGAAAUUACCCAAGUGCCUUAAUGGUGGUGGCUAUUCCCCAUCGCGAGCAGAGUUGCAACGAUAAGUACGGAUUGCGUCUUCUGGAGGAUCUCCCACUCGUUCCAGGGACGGCAGCGGAUGGGACGGGUGUUGGUUUUAGGUAUUCUCCGAAAACAAACAUGGGCGGUAUGGCUGCUUAUCGUGUUGCGUUUCCGGAAAUUUCUCAUUCAGGAGAAAGAAGAGGAGAAAUCUGGAGAGAGGAUCAAAGGGAUGGCCGAGCCACGGUAUUUCUUCUGCGUAACGCGACCACCCAGAUUGGUGCCGGAGAUAACUGGCACCCAUGGCUAUACUGCAACGUAACUAUUCGAACUAUUCCCCCACACAUUCCUGAACAGCCAUGGCGUCAGCCAUCCGUCCUCCGUGGCCAUACUAACAUGUCACACGACACUACAUCCAAGCAAGACAGAUAG